AUUAGGUGGGCUGGCAAGAGGACAAUUCACUUAUACUCCAGCAGCAACAACAGAACUACAAGAUACUACAACUAUAGCACAAGCAGAUAUGACAACAAGUGCACCACCAGAAUCACCUUUUUUUCAACAUGGACCGAAUGUGACCGUGAUGGGCAUUGAUUAUAGUUUCAGUACUGGGACACGAUCAAUUCAGCUGCAGCCACCAUUUGUGUACACUGGAAUAACUUUCCCUAAUAUUACAGCUCUAACUGGAGGUAUAUUAUUCAAAAAUGGCACAUAUAAUUUCGAUUUUAUUGCUCCAUUGGUGGCUUCUAUGGAUCCUAACAACAGAGGAACUUUUGCGUAUGAGCAGGUCACAAGUGGACCUCUUGUACAUCAAGCUAACCAAGAAAUUAACAGGAUGUUUCCUAAUGUUUACUUUUCUGCUUCCUGUGUCGCUGUCUUCACUUGGAGAAAUGUACUGCUGUAUCCCAACUUAGGACUUGCAUCAUAUCAGGUUGUCUUGGCCUGGGAUGAAGGACAGAUUGCUUUUGUGCUGAUGAACUAUAGGAACAUUCCUUCUAUUCCCCGUACUGUACUCUGGAAUGCCCAGUUUCACAUUUUGGACAAGAAUUUCACAUUUGCACUAAAUGAUUCCUCUGAAUUGUCUUCAUCUAGUAAUGUCAAUAUCACUGGUCGCUGGGCUUUUAAACUAACAGAUACGACAACUAGAACACAACCAGCUAUGACAACAACUAUAGCACCACCAGCGACAUCAACAACACCAGAUAUGACAACAAGCACACCACCAGAUAUGACAACUAGAACACAACCAGCUAUGACAACAACUAGUGCACAAACAGAUACUACAACUACAGCACAACCAUAUACGACAACUACAGCCCAAGCAGCUAUAACAACAACUACAGCACAACCAGCUAUGACAACAACAUUUGCACCACCAGUUCCUACAACAAUACAACCAGCACCCUGCCAGAAACUGAACUGUGCUUCGGAUGAAGUCUGUAUACAGAAAAAUGGAGAUUAUGGCUGUGCCUGUGGCAACAUUACAACAAGCAGCCCGAAUAUCUAUGACGCCAAAGAAACAUGUUCAGGCAGUACUGGAUCACUGUCUCUGUCUCGCUGUCAACUCUUUGAAGCUGGCUAUUCUACAGAUGUUCUCCACCUUAAUGACCCAAGAUGCAAAGGGGAGAUCCAACAUAACAGGCUGGUCUUCCAAUUUGACAGUAAUGCCAGCAUGUGUGGAACAACUCUGGAGACUAAUGGCACACACAUCAUCUUCAAGAACAAUGUUGGGACGACUAACGGUUUGAUCAGUCACACGGUUGGUGGACUCAACAUUGCCAUUUCCUGUGUGUAUCAAUUUAUCCAGAACAUCUCAAUGACCAUGGGCAUUGAAGCCUCAGGAAGUGGAUUUAGCAAUGAACUGUCCACCGAGAGCACAUUCAACAUCCACAUAAUCCCGUAUACUGAUGCUACAUUCUUGGUACCAUACUCUGGCAAUGUGACCCUAGAAGUGAACCGUCAGAUGUAUAUAGCAGUGCAAGUGGAUCAUUUUGACAGCACUCAGAUUGCUAUCGUGCUGGAGAGCUGCUGGGCCACACCCAUCAACCAAAUGGACUAUUCUGUCCGCUGGGACCUGAUCAUUAACAAGUGUCCGAACCCCAAUGAUAGCACGGUGGACGUGUUGAAGAACGGUGUCUCCACAUCCAGCCGCUUCUCUUUUAGUAUGUUCACAUUCACUGGAUUCUCCCCCAAGAUCUACCUGCAUUGCCAGGUCCACCUCUGUUUGCAGAUGACAGGCAGCUGUGCACCGCCAUGCCUUCCAUAAUUUUCCAGAGAUGCUCAGCUGCCAUUGCAAUGGGAUUCUGAUUAGUUUGCUUGAACUACUUACAGUGCUAUAAUUUACAUUUUUUAAUUUCUGUUCAAUGUUUAUUCAUUAAUCACUGUUUUGACUUAAUAAUGAAUGAAAAUAAAAAAUAAAAAAUUUAGAAUUCAACAAGUCACCUCAGACUUGCUCAUUGGGGCUAAAUGAAAACACACGUAAACACAUCUAAUAUUAAUCUUGAACUUUGUCUUAUAUUCAUCUUUAUAUUAUUCUUUAUAAUAACCUUUUUGACUAUGUUUAUGCUCUGUAAAGCUACUUUGAGACAAUUUCAAUUGUGAAAAGUGCUAUACAAAGAAAAAGAUUAAAUUACAUUCAAAUUUAUAUCACAUUUUGUAAGUGAUUGUGAUUUGUACUAGAUA